AUGAAUUUCCAGAAAGUAAGAUGCAAACAAAGUUGCACAUCCAUCAAUGAUGGUCCUGGAUGUUUGGUGCUGAGAUGUCCUGAUCCAUCUUGUGGUGCUGCUGUCGGUCAAGAUAUGAUUGAUAUGUUGGCUUCGGAUGAAGAUAAGGAGAAGUAUGAUCGUUAUCUUCUUAGAUCGUAUAUUGAAGAUAACAGAAAGGUAGUUGUAUAUGGGACUUGUAAACCUGCCAUUUCUUAG